UUUAUGUUAGUCAACCAUCAAUGUUUGUUCCUCAUGGGGACUGUAGAGAUGAUAUCUAGAUUAUUCCCAAUCCCCACCGUCUCUCUCCGCCGUUCUAUCACCAUCCGCGCCUCCGUCGUGUCAUCUUCAGCCUCAACAGCCCGCAAAACCCAUCCUCCUCUCUUCCUUCGUCCCUUAACCUACUUCGCCACCCUUUCCGACAUCGUCGCCUUCCGCAGCUGGGCCACCUCCCUCGCCACCGCCGCCGCUGCUGCAGCCCCGGGUCUCGAAUCCAUCGACGGCGGACCCAGUGCUUCCCACCUCCUCCGCGAACUUUCAUGGCUCCUCGAGGACGCCACCUCCCAAUCCUGCGGCAAGGUCCUCAUGCGCGCGGAUCUGGACGAGCUCUACCGGCUCUGGAAGGAGAGGAUCGAGCGGCGGAGGCCGUUCCAGUACAUUGUCGGGUGCGAGCACUGGAGGGAUCUCGUGCUGGUGGUGAGGGAGGGCGUGCUCAUUCCAAGGCCGGAGACAGAGAUGAUUGUAGAUUUGGUUCGGGAUGUUGAGGGCUUUGGCGAGGGUUUAUGGGCGGAUCUCGGGACAGGAAGCGGCGCAAUUGCUGUGGGGAUUGGGAGGGAAUUGGGGGAGAAUGGGAGGGUUUUUGCCACGGAUUUGAGCUUGGAUGCUGUGGAGAUUGCAGGGAUUAACGUCGAGAGGUAUGGAUUGAAGGAUAAGGUUGAAAUAAGACAUGGAUCUUGGUUUGAACCACUUGACGAUUUUAAAGGCAAGCUUACAGGGUUGGUUAGCAAUCCUCCAUACAUACCCAGUAGUGAUAUCCCUGGGUUACAAGCUGAAGUCAGUAAGCAUGAGCCAAAACUUGCCCUUGAUGGAGGUGUGGAUGGCACUGAUCAUCUAUUUCAUCUCUGUGAAGGAUCUGCUACAGUUCUAAGAUCUGGUGGUUUUUUUGCAUUUGAGACAAAUGGCGAUAUCCAAUCUGAGCUUGUUGCAAACUACUUGAGCACCAAAUGGACGAAAUGCUUCACUAAUGUAAAAACAGUAUUGGACUUUGCUGGGAUCAAACGUUUUGUGACUGGAUUUCGUCAAUGAGCAUCCCUCCCCGAGCUUUUAAAUCAUAAGAAACAGGACAUAUCUUGAUGCGAAGUUAGUAAUACAAAGGCAUGAAGCAAAAAAAAUGAAGGCGAACUGAAUAGCUUGUGAAAGAAACAAAGAAGAUGGGUAUGUUUUCAAUUCCUUAAUCUUAAACCAUUUAUGAGUUAAGAGGUGGUGAUGGGCUGCAUACAAAUUCGUGUGGCUGUGAAAAGUGAUUCAAUCAUAUGCAUGUAUCACUGGUUUUAUUUGCUUUUGUGGAUAUGGCCAUACGUAUGAGCCUUUUAGGAAAAAAUAUUUGGCCAUCUGUGUUUUAUACUUUAUGGUCAAAGUAACCAAUUCUUUUUGGCUAUUUUUAAAGUUAAAAGCCAUUAUUGUUAGAAUUAUUGACAGAGUAUUAUUGACAAUGGAAAACCACAGAGUAUUAUUGACAAAA